CAGAGGGAAAGCUUGCCAUUUUCGUUGAGUCUCACUCACUUUGCAUGCCGUCCUAGCUUAGCUAGUUUUCAUUUGGAUUAGACAUUGUGGUGGUGGGUGGUGGUAGGAGGAAGAGGAUGGGGCGGGGGAAGACGCAGGUGAAGCUGAUAGAGGACCGGACGAGCCGGCGGGUGGCCUUCUCCAAGCGCCGCAGCGGCUUGCACAGGAAGGCUUUCCAGCUCUCCGUGCUCUGCGAUGCCGAGGUCGCCCUCAUCGUCUUCUCCCCAGGCGGCAGGCUCUACGAGUUUGCCAACGCCGGCAUGCAGAAUACAAUUGGACGUUAUAAUGAGACAAACACAAAGGAUAGUACUAGCAACCAGGUACAUCAAGAUAUAGAGAAAAUAAAAGCUGAUGCAGAGGCCUUGUCAAAGAAGCUCGAUGCUCUUGAAGCAUGCAAAAGGAAAAUUUUGGGUUCUAAUUUAGAAGAAUGCUCUAUUGAAGAACUGCAAAGCAUAGAGGACAGAACUGAAAAAAGCCUUCUUAGCAUCAGAACAAUGAAGGCUCGGCGGUUGGAAGAGCAGCUCGCUAAGCUGAGGCAGAAUGUGGUGAAGUUGAGCCACCACAAACAAGAACUAUAUUUCCAGUACCAGAAGGAGCACCACCUUGCGAUGGCGGCGGCAGCCUCUGCUAUGGCAACCUUCCCAGACGACGAUGACCACCACGACGUCAUGGAUGUGGAGACGGAGCUAUUUCUUGGAUUGCCUGGCUCAAGUCGUUCAUAAGAGAGAGUACAUGCUGGAGAAAAUGCUCAGAAUAAGCUGGAAACGUCUCCGUUUCCAGCCUUAGCAAUAGCAGACAACGAAUGAAUGAGACACUAAUAAAGC